CGAGGCCCGGCAGGCCCCUAGCCUCACGAACCGGGACCAGUGCCCCCAUUGGUCCCGGUUCUGGACUGAACCGGGACUAAUGGGCUGACCCGGCCUGAACCAAAGCCCUCUUUUCUACUAGUGUAAGUGCACCAAAAGACCCAACUGAAUCCAUAUUUCGGGGGAUUAGAUUAUUUGCCACACUUUACCAUGGGUCAGAUGAUUUGCCCUGCUUGUGUCCAAUGGCAGAUGGUUCACUUCUUGUUAUUCAAACAAUAUACUGUAGAUCUAGGUCUGUCAAAAAAAAAUCUCAGUUUUGCUUAUAGAUUCCUGCUGCAUAGAUCAUGAGGCAAUAAAACAACUGAAACAUGCAUAGGUAGAAUCAACACGGCAGUUAAUGGAACUUAUUCUUUAUGUAGGCUCUUCCAAAAUUUAUUUACAUGUUGGUGCAGGAGAGGCUGAAAGAUUUCGGGCAGCCUGAUCUUAUCGCUGCCCAAAGCACAAACGGCAUUGGGCCCGUAGAGAGAGCCGUGAUCCGUAGCCUGAAGGAGCUGAACGCGAAUGGGCUACAGAAGCUAACGAUGGAGCGCCAAUUGGACGCGAUCGUGGCGCCUAACAGCGACAUUUCCAGCCUUCUCGCCAUCAGCGGCCACCCUGGCAUCGUUGUGCUGGCGGGGUACGACGAGAAGGGGUUCCCCUUCGGGAUAUGCUUCGGCGGGCUGCAGGGGUAUGAGCCGAGGCUGAUCGAGAUGGCCUAUUCUUUCGAGCAGGCUACCAAAGUGAGGAGGCCACCCAUGUUCAAGCCCUAGCUGAAUAUAACUCUUGUGUAGCAACAAUGUAACACGACGGCUAAAAAAACGGCUCCACUUACACUUU